UGCUCGCUCCCAGCUUUGCUGUUACGCGCAAAAGGGCGCGUCCGUGUGUUGUAUCAAGCGUGCGAGCCCGAAAGACUGCAUCACAGCUCAUUCAAGUCCUAUCCAGACGCCGACUAGCACAGAGAUACAACCAUGGCCUCCGGAGUUACAGUGGAAGAUAAUGUGGUGAUGAUCUUCAACGAUAUGAAGGUCCGCAAGGCUCAGGCCAAUGAAGAGGAGAGGAGGAAGAGAAAGAAGGCUGUUCUCUUCUGCCUGAGCGAGGAUAUGAAGCAUAUCAUCAUGGAAGAGGGUCAGGAGAUCCUUCAGGGGGAUGAAGGCGAUCCCUACCUUAAGUUUGUCAAGAUGCUUCCUCCUCAGGACUGCCGCUACGCUCUCUAUGAUGCCACAUAUGAGACUAAAGAGACCAAGAAGGAAGACCUGGUUUUCAUUUUCUGGGCCCCAGAGAAUGCUCCCCUAAAAAGCAAGAUGAUCUAUGCAAGUUCUAAGGAUGCCAUCAAGAAGAAGUUCACAGGUAUCAAGCAUGAGUGGCAAGUGAAUGGUUUGGAGGAUAUCAAGGACCGAAAGACCCUCGCUGAGAAGCUUGGGGGAUCAUCAGUGAUCUCUCUCGAGGGGAAGCCUCUAAACGAUUGAGGCCGACACAUUUCAGGGGUAGAUGUUCAUUCCAACAUGGGUGGGGCAGAUGGGCUGACAUGUCUGUUUGUGGGGGCACAGGGUGGGCUAAUGUGGGUGGGGUGGGUAGGGUAAAAGUGACAGUUUCCAAACUCAACACAUGAAGAAAGAUGUAGGCUGUCAUUCCAGUUCACACAUACAAUGAACAAGAACAAAAACAUAAAAAGAGAAAAAAAGAUCUUAAAAGACAAAAAAUAAAGGAUGAUGAUUAUAAACACAAAGUAAUAUAACUGUAAAUGUGUAUGGACAGGUUUUCGUUCUUUCUGGGUUCCAUUUGAUUGUUGAAAUGAAAGACUUAAGAUGGCAGCCGUUACAAUUCCGUAAUUGAAUCAUACAGUAUACUGUUCUAAAGAUUUUUUUUUUUUUUUCAAAACUUCUAGUUAAGUUUUAAGUAUGUGUGGUGGUGUUGAGACUAGGUGUAGUACAAUUGACUCAAAAUCACAAUGUUUCGGACCAUUCUGGGAACACCGUUAAUCCCCCUUCCCCUCCUUUUUUGUUUUAUUUUGAGUUUGUUUGAAUGAUUUCAUCUGAUUUAAAUAUUUCCAAAUGUAAUUCCAAACCAUGGCACUGGUGUUAAGAAAUUGAACACAUUCCUUAUACCUGUAAAAAAAGAAAAAUCUGGGACCUUGUUGGAGAGCAGUCAGUUGAUGAAUUGGAUUGAGUGGAGGCCACAGAUGAAGUUUAGAUUGGGAGCGAUAUGUUUGGGCAGCCUGUGUACAGGGCUUUGAUGGAUAUCGGUUCGUGUAUGUUUUGUAUCGUCUCCUUAUCUCUAAUAAAAAAAGCACUAAACAA